CCGCCUUCUUGCAACUAGCCUACACCACGCCAAUGGCUUUCUUCUUCUCUUAAUAGUAAUAUCCGCUCGUGCAAGGCGAUACUGACACAAAGCAGCAAGAACACUUUACUGUCAUUGAUGUUCCCGGCAUCUUCCGCAAGGAGACUCAGGGUCUUACUACUGAGGCCGAUAUCAAGCUCGUCCAGAACCUUGUGAUGAAGUAUAUGCGAGACUCCCGAACCAUCAUUCUCGCCGUUGUCCCGGCCAACGUUGAUCCAGCGACCCAGGAGAUCCUCAAACUUGCCAAGCAAGUCGAUCCAGACAUGAAGAGAACCAUGGGCGUUCUCACCAAGCCGGAUCUAGCCAUCGAGAAGGCCGUGCGGCAGAUCGCUAUCGACCACGUCACCGGAAAGCGGAGUGAUUUGACGUUGGGUUACUACAUCGUCAAGAAUCGCAGCUCCGAUGAGAUAGACAUGACUCUCAAGGCCGGCCAGGAUGCCGAGAUCCACUUCUUCGCCAAGAAGCCGUGGUCGGCACUGCGCAAGGUCGACAGGGCUGGAAUCAAGGCUUUGAAGACGCAGGUCCGCAACCUUCUGACCGACCUGGUCAAGCAUGAGUUCAGGCAGCUUCGGGUUGAGGUUGAAGGCCAUCUGACUGAGCUCAGAGAUGAGGAGCUUGCUCUUGGGCCGCAUCGGUCCGACAGGAACGCCCAGAGAGCGUACCUCGGAAACAUCUGUGAUCAAUUCCAGGUCAUUACCCGCGAUGCCCUCAGUGCCAACUACGCGAGCCAGUCCAAUUUUUUUUUCAAGGAGCAGCACAGACUCAUCACCCGCAUCGUCGAGCUGAACGAGCAGUUUUCAGCUGCUAUCCAGAACAAGGGUCACACGCGGGCCUUCUCGCAGGACGAGGGUGACACCGAACCAGCCGUUCAGAGCUCCCUGCAACCCAAUGUGGGUUCACCUGUCAGCAAGCUAUUCCCUGUUAUCCGCAAGAUCAGAACACAGCGUGGAGACCCACACGGAGACGCCCAGAUAAAGAAGCUCCACGAUAUACAGUACCCGACAGAUAACAGUGACGACAUCAUGGAUUACAUCAAGGGCGUAUACACCAACAGCCGGGGUGCUGACUUGGGCACGUUCAACGGUUCCGUUCUCGCCGCUGUCUUCCUGGACCAAACCAAAAACUGGGACCCCAUCACCAAGGCCUACGUUCUGAUUGCAGAGUCCUUCGUCACCUUCUUCAUCAAGGAGGCCAUCUUGUCAAUCUGCAACGACAAGCGCGUCGGGGAGGAACUUUACGACAACCUCCUGCGCGACCAGCUGUGCCAGUGCUUUGCUCGAGCCCGCGCGCACGCCAAGUCCCUCCUCGACAUUGAGAGGAAGAGUCCCACUUUCACUCUGAAUCAUUACUUCAACGACAAUCUGUCCAAAACUCAGGGCGCCCGCCUAACCGCGAUCAUCAAGAAAGCCGCGAGCAGGGAUUACGAUGUCGGGCUCUUCGACGGCAAGCAGCCUAUCUAUACGCUCACAGAAGGCCAGCUCGAGACCAUCGCGAUCCAAAACAACCAGAGCAAUUCGGAGCACAUGCAGAAGUACAUCCACGACGUGCUCAAAAGCUACUACAAGGUGUCGAUGAAGCGCUUCGUGGACAACAUAUGCCUCCACGUCAUCCACCACGACAUGCUCUUCUCCCCCAACGGCCCGCUGCACAUCUUCACCUCGAAGCUCAUCCACACGCUCGACGACGACCAGCUGGACCAGUUCGCGGGCGAGGAUCAUGUCGUCAAGGCCAGGCGGGAGAAGCUCGCGCGGGAGAUCACGAGCUUCAGGGCGGCGCUCGAGGUCCUCCAGGGCUCGUCUCGGGAUUCGCACUAA